CGAUAUAUUUGCUAGAAUUAUUGAAUUGGAUACUCACUGUCUACCUAGUUGUUGUUUUGUUCUAUAGCUAAUACCUAUUAAUUGAUUUUAAUAAUUAAUUCAGUAAAUAUAGUUGUUUACUUGCAAUGCGUUUAUACACUAUCCAGUUUUUUAUUUUUACAGUACUAAUAAGUAAUGUUUUUACCGAAAACAAAUAUAGCCGGUCCGCCAAUGAAAAGAAAAGCAAUGGUGUAGACUUUAGAGCCUUAGAAAAACCUUUUAGGAUGAAUAAGUUAAAUCUUCUAUGGACGAAAGCUAAACAGCGCUUGCCAGAACCGAAAUUGAAAUCACUUUAUAGUGAUUUGAUGAUCCAAGAUAAAGAGGAAAUUACAUAUAAAAGGGUAAAAAGUGAGGGUAUCGACAAAGAAGGUCUCAAAGAAGCUGAAUUAAGACGCAAACUCACUAGCAUUAUGGAUGCCUAUGGGCUUAGACAUCAUUUUGAAGACGUUCCAGCUGGCAAACAAAAAGAACAUGCUUCCUAUAACUCUGCGAUGGACGAAUCAAUAAUGAACAAGAGUCUGUUCAAAGACAAAAAAUUAAAUAUACUGUGGGCGAAGGCGGAGGCGUCGGGUUUCACUAACGAAGAGCUGUCCGCCCUCAAGGAGGAGUUCAUGCAUCACCAGGAGAAAAUCGACCAGUACUACGACUUACUCGUCAAUAUCGAUGUCGAACCGAAAGAUGGCUAUAAGAACGCGGUGAAUGACGACGAGAUCGAGAAGUUCAAUGAGAUCAACUUCGAGAAGGACAAUAACGAGGAGUUCAACAAGGACUACGUGGAUAAGGCGAACCUGGUGAGAGAGAAACACCGCGGCCUCCGAGACGGAUACGACAGGCUGCAGAGGAUCGCUGCCCGAGGUCCGACCAACAGAGAGUUCAUCGAGCCCAAGGUCCAGGGGCUGUGGAAGAUAGCUACGGCUGCUAACUUCACCGUCGACGAGCUGGCGUCGUUGAAGGUGGAGCUGCAGCACUAUGAAAAUCGUCUGUUGAAGCUGCGAACGCUCCACGCAGAUCAUGUAAGCAAUCUCGGCAAGCAUCAUAGCAAGGUGGCUGCGGCCGGAGACAAGAUGGACUAUUUCGCAGACCAGCAACAGAUGAUAAAGAAACACACGCUCAAGGUGGAGAAGCUGCACCAGGACAUCGAGAGCAGGAUAAUGGCGCGUCACACUGAACUCUAGCGUAACACUCUAAACCAUUCCAUGGUCGUACAAGUAGUGUUGAGUGUUGUGAAGAUAUUGUUGUAUUUCCCAAAGAAAUAUUGAUAUUGUUUUAUUUUAUACAGCAUGUAUGAAUCUCUGGUUGAAAUUUAUAUUUCCUUUCAGUUUUAAGAUAAUCUAUACUAUUAAUAUAUUCUUUACUUAGAAAAA